AUGGACACUACUCUUUAUCGACAGUUAGUUAGAAGUCUUGUCUACUUGACUAUCACACGACCAAAUAUCGCUUAUCCAGUUCAUGUUCUUAGUCAGUUUUUGUCAACUCCUCGUACUACUGAAUAUGCUGCAGUUCUUCGUAUCCUUUGCUACAUCAAAGACACUCUAGUUCAUGGUCUUCAUUUUUCUACCCAUUCAUUCUUAACCCUUCAGACGUACUCAGAUGCUGAUUGGGGGGGUGAUCCCACUGAUCGUCAUUCUACUACUGGUUAUUGUUUGUUUCUUGGUGACUCUCUCAUUUUCUGGCGAGCCAAGAAACAAACAUUCACUGCUCGAUCAAGCACCGAAGUUGAAUACUAUGCUCUCGCUGAUACCACUGCUGAGGUUGUCUCGAUUCGUUGA